AACUUUUGUUCUUCCUCGGCUAAGUUUUCUUCUAAUUGCAGUUUUUGCCAGCUUCAGGUGAAUGUCCCGGAUUCCUGUUCUACUUCCUGGCUCAGUUCAAGUGCAACACUUUAGUUUAAAGCAGAGCAUCCAGUCAAGUGCUUGGAUCGUUUGGCAUGUGUUUGAGUUUUUGGAGAACUAGUUAUACACCUGGAAUAAAAAGGUGACAGAGAAUAUGAAUCAAAAUGUAUUGAAGGCUGUUCAAGCAACUCGAGUUGCUGAGAAAAUGAUGAGUCGUAAUGAUUAUUCUGGUGCCAGGGACCACUUACUCAAAGCACAAGAGCUUUUUCCAGAGAUUGAAAAAAUCAAUUCCAUGUUGACCGUAUGUGAUAUACUAUCAAAACGAGUUGCUGAGAAAAUAAUGAUUCAUCAAGAUUAUGCUGGUGCCAGGGAAAAUUUACUCAAAGUACGAGAGCUUUUUCCAGGGAUUGAAAAAAUCAAUUCCAUGUUGACUGUGUGUGAUAUUCUAUCAUCUGUGAGUGUUCAAGUUGGUGGUGGAACUGACUAUUACCAGAUCCUUCAGCUUACACCUGCUUCUACAUUGGAUGAUAUUAGAUGUCAGCACCAGAAACUUUACUCCGUGUUGCAAUCCAUCAGGAGUACCUUCCCAGGUACAGAAUUGGCACUGAAACUCAUAGAGGAUGCACUAGUCACACUUUCAGGCAAGAAAACUCCUGAAUUUGAUUCCAAAAGAAGUGAAGGUUUUGAGGAUUGUAAUGCUUUCAAAGUCCAGGAAUCAUUGCACCAAAGCACCUCAGACAAGAAAAUUGUAACCAGUGCUCAAAACUCCUCCAAAUAUAGAGGGGAUUCUUAUAGAAGCAUUUCAAACGGAAAUAAGAGAACAGAAGAGAUGUCUUCAAAAUCUAUUGAAAAUCCUUCGAGGAAAAGGCUAAAUUUUGAAGAUGAUGACAACCGAAACAAUAAAGCUGUUAUUAAGGAACCCAGUAAGUCUUCCGCUGACAAUCUGAUUUCCACUGGUAGGACAACACUCAUAGCAGACUUAGAUGUGUCUUCAAAUAGAACAGACUUGUGCAUAGCAUCUCAAUCAACCUUCAUGGAGGGCAAUGCAUCUUUACCAAAAGAUUUAGUGAAGAAAAGACGUAAUCAGGACUUCUAUAACUUUGAGAAUGAUAGGAAACCUGAUCAUGUUAAGGCUGGUCAAAUCUGGGCAACUUAUUAUAAAGCAAAUUUGCAGCAUAGUUACUGCUAUGCUCGAAUAGAUAUGAAAUCAAAAUUAUCAAUUUCUGUUACAUGGUUGAAACCAAUUCCUGUUACUCCUUCUGAGAGAAGAUGGUGCGAUGCUGGCCUGCCUGUUGCUUGUGGACUGUUUGAGUUGAAUCUAGAGAUGAAAGAUGAGAUAAGAUGGCCAAUGGUUUCAUUCUACAAAUGCUCCUGGAUUCAAGGUAUAACAGGAGAACAAUUUGACAUAUACCCGAAAAGAGGAGAGAUUUGGGCACUUUACAAGGACUGGAGGGGCCUUGAUGAUUGGAUUUCAAACCUGAAUGCUGCAAAAGGACACAGAUUGUUGGUGGUAGAGAUCAUCUCAGAGUUCUCAAAAUAUUCAGGUGCAGAUGUGGCUUGCAUGGCAAAGGUCAAUGGUUUCAACAGUAUCUUUGCAAGGCAGACAAUUGAAGGAAAUCCAGUUACUUUUCAUAUCUCCCCUAGUGACUUCUAUGGGUUCUCGCAUCUUAUCCCAGCAUAUAGGUUCAGUGGUGGAGAGAUUGAGAAUGUUGUUCGUGGAAUGUUCGAGCUUGACCAGAUGGCCUUACCAGAUGAUAUGAUUCAAGAUAUUGCUAACCAAAAGGCACCCAUCAAUAUUGAAAGCAUUUCAGCCAGCAUGAAGCCAGAGAACAGACUUUUGACGCCUGUAUUGCCUCAGCAACAGUUUGAAACAGGUCAGGUAUGGGCAAUAUACUGUGGAAAGGAUUGUAUGCCUCAUAAAUAUGUUAGAAUAGAUGACAGAAUUUCAGAGAGCCAAGUGCGUGUAAUGCUGUUAGAACCCUUGAUGGGCCUGGAACAUGAGAUUCAAUGGGAGAAACAAAAUCUUCCAAUUACUUGUGGGGUGUUUGAGGUGAGUGGAACCAGUGUGAAUGUUCAAGUUUCAUUGUUCUCCUAUUUAGUUCAGUACCAACAAAGUCCAUGUGGGAAUUUCUACAGGAUUUGCCCACUAAAAGGUGAGAUAUGGGCAAUGUACAAAAAUUGGGAUAUCAGGUGGAAGCAGCAUGACCAUGAAAGUUACCAAACCCAGAUUGUUGAAGUUGUAUCAGAUUAUUCAGAAAGAGAUGGUGUAAGCAUUGCUAGGCUGGGAGAGGUGAAAGGUUGCCUUACUUUCUUUCAGAGAUUACAAUAUGAUGGGUUUGAUCUAACUCAGGUGGUUUGCAGAGAAGAUAUGCUAAGUUUCUCCCACCGCAUUCCAGCUUUUAGGGUGCCGGGAAUUGGUGAAUAUGGCAUACCUGAAAAUUCAUGGCAUUUGGAACCAGAUGCACUGCCUCCAAAAUGAAGAAACUGAUUCUGCAUGUAACUAGAUGUAUGGUGUUGUAUGCAUGCAGGAUCCAUAUUUUCUAGAAACCUUCCAAACUGGUGACAACAAAGGUAUAGUCUAUCGACCAUGAUAAAUUCUUAUAUUUUGC